UCUUUUCCUAAAAAGAAAACGACAGAAAAUCAAACUAAACGAAGCUCGUAUGGAAUUACAUAUGAAUCGGAUCAUAAAAAAACAUAAACUUGAGACUUUGCAAAAUGCAAGCAACCAAGUAUUGGAUUUCCAAACAAAAUUAACUGAAGAAUUAGGCAAGAAACGUUUAUCGGAACCUAUAGUUGUACCUGACCAAACAUUAAAAAGUAAUGAUGAUCAAACUAUAGAAGAGAGUUUUAACUCUUCGGGUCUUGUCAAGGGAAAGGAUACGGCUAAUUCCUUUCUUUCGGAUGAUGAGGUAUCAUCAACUAAAUCUACAGUUGCACCUGCAACAUUACUUUAUCAAAUGGACGUGAAUAAUGAUAAGCAAGUCGUAAGAGACAGUUUUGUUCCAUCGGGUUCUAAGGAAAAGGAUAUAGUUAAUCAGUUGUUUUCGUAUGACGAGAAAAAGGCCGCUUAUUAUUAUAAAGAAAAGCAAAAAAACCAGCUAUUAAGUAGUAAGGAUGAUAAAGAAAGGGACAAUCAUUAUUAUGAAGAAAAGCAAACAAAUCAGUCAUUAAGUAGUAAGGGGAAUGUACUUCCUGAUGUAAAUGAUAUCGAAAGACCGACGUCUUUAAAUUUAGUACCGUCGAAUGAUUCUUCUCAAGAAAUCAAUGAAGAUGACUGUGAAG